AUGGCGACCACAUCCCAACCUCCCCUCCGAUUUACCGGUCACAAGAAUUUGGUAAACCGUCUGGUCUUCUCAACCCUAACCGGCCGAACGGUGCACAUCUCGCAAAUCCGUCCUUCGUCUCCUACGAAUCCUGGUCUCGCUCCCCAUGAGAUCUCAUUCCUUCGUCUCCUUGAAGCCGUCACCAAUGGCUCGCAGAUGGAAAUCUCUUACACCGGAACGAUCGUCAUUUACAAGCCUGGUUUGAUCACAGGCGGCAUUGCUGGGAACGGAGCCAGCAGUGGAGGUGUCAUUCGGCAUGAGCUUCCUGCAGGAUGUAACCGGGGCGUCAGCUAUUUCCUCAUACCGCUCUGUCUUCUAGCACCUUUCUCUAAGGCGCCCAUCAAGGUCCUUUUCACUGGCCCGGGUGUCAUAACUUCCGCCACGCCCACAGGUGAUAUGUCUGUGGAUAGCGUCCGAACCGCAAUCCUUCCUCUUUACAACCAGUUUGGCAUUUUCAACAAUAUUGAGCUUCGCAUUCUGCGUCGGUCUAAUCCAGGGCCAAAUGGCAGAGGUGGCGGUGGAGAAGUUCAGCUGGUGUUUGGUCACCAAGUCCGUCUUCCGAAAACUCUGCACCUGUUGAAUCCUGGCAGAAUUAAGAAGGUCCGUGGAGUGGCAUACGCUGUAGGUGUCUCGGCUUCCAACAACUCAAGAAUGAUCGAUGUCGCCCGUGGUGUUCUCAAUCCGCUUGUUCCAGACACCUACAUUUUCUCCGAUGUAUCGUCCGCGCCUCUGGUGCCUGCUCCUGAGAAGAACAACGCAGCCGGAAAGAAGAAGAUUGGUCUUGGCUUUGGCUUGUCCUUGGUUGCAGAGUCUUCGACCGGCUGCCUGUUUUCUGCCGAUGUCGCAUGCCCACCUUCAGGUGGUCAACCGCCCGAGGACAUUGGCAAACAAUGUGCAUACCAGCUUCUCGAAGCUGUGUCCAAGGGUGGAUGCGUUGCACCUGCUGCUGCCUCAACCAUGCUGGGUCUGAUGACCAUGGGAUCAGAGGAUGUUGGCCGAAUCCAGAUUGGACGAGACGUAAUGGCCGAUGAGAGCAUCAUUCAACUCGCUAGGGAUUUGGCCAAGUUUGGUGCUCCGGGAUGGGGUCUGAGAGAUGCUUCCGGUGAAAACGAGCAAGGGGAUAUCAUUGUGAGUGUGGUUGGUCGGGGCAUUGGCAACGUCGGCAGAAAGGUGGCUUGA